AUGUACGCACAUCGUGUUCCACAGCUGUUUCUGGCAGCGUUGUCAUUACUGGCGACCGUCCAGAGCCAGCAGCAGGGCGAGGCAGACGUGAGCGGAGCCAUAUCAGCAGUCGCAAUUCUGGCGGUAAGCAGCGCUCCAGCAUCAGCAGCAGCAACGUCCGAGGCAGCGACCUCUUCGCCGACGACGGCGGCUGCGAUCUCGUCAAGCCCGGCUGCCGUGGUGGUCUCAUCAAGUCCAGCAGCCGCAAGCAGCUCCCCGACGACGCCUACGGCUGUCAUCAGCUCGGCCGCCCCGACAACAGCGGUUGCGCAGACCACACCCACACCGUCAUCUCAGCAGCAACAAGAGACUUCGGCAGCCGUAGUCGAGACCUCGGUGGCCCAGACAACCGCACAGCAGACAACACCAUCUGUUGCGGCAACGACGGCCUCCGCCGCGACAUCGGACGUGGUGGUGGUGACCACGGCGACCACCAGUCCCACAACGGCCAAGACGACAGCCAAGACGACGGCCAAGAAGACGACAGAAGAAGCGGGCACGACGGCACACGUGACGACAGCGACGACGGCGACCCCAUCUGCGUACACGAGCACGUUUGUCACCACAAUCACCGCCUCAGACGGCUCCAAGACGGCUGUGACGACGGCUGUGACGGCUACGACGACCCCCACGGCCAGCCUCGCGUCGUCGACCUCUAAGAGCAGCAAGUCGUCGGGCAUGUCGAAGCAGACGCGCAACACCAUUAUUGGCGUGGUUGUCGGUGUCGGCGGUGCCAUCGUUCUGGCCGUCAUCGGACUGUUGGCCUGGCGUGUUUGGGGCCGCAAGAAGUCGGCCGAGGACAACGACGAGCUGAUGGACUACGGCGCCUACAACAACAACAUCAACACGCAGGGCGAGAAGAUCGAUGGCCCGGGAGCCGGUGCUGCCGCUGCCCGCUCGCCCUUCCAGAGCACGCUCGAGAGCUACCACGCGCCAGCUCAAGUAAACACGGCCUCCAACUUCUAG